UGUAGCUUUACUUGAAACACAAAGGUGAAGGUCAACAAAACUAUUCAACAUGUUGUGCCUGUAACAUGGUGAAAUACACUGACUAUAACUGAGUUAAACACAGGGGGCGACAAAGAUGGGAAAAAAUAAAGUGAAAACUAUUGUACCUGGCUCAUCUCGAGAGGAGCUGAUGGUCAUGACAGUAACAGAGAUUGUGAAUCAGUUAAUUCAAGCACACCAGCAAGGAAAAGAUGUCAAUCUUAACAGAAUCAAAAGCAAAAUUUCGAGCAAGUAUGGCCUUUCAAGUCAGCCAAGACUUGUUGAUAUUAUAGCAGCAGUUCCACAAGAGUACAAAAAGAUUUUGUUGCCAAAGUUAAAAGCAAAACCUGUCCGCACUGCUAGUGGAAUUGCUGUUGUAGCUGUGAUGUGUAAACCUCACCGAUGUCCCCACAUUGCCAUGACAGGCAAUAUCUGUGUAUAUUGUCCUGGGGGCCCUGAUUCAGACUUUGAAUACUCAACCCAGUCCUACACAGGAUAUGAGCCAACUUCCAUGCGAGCAAUCAGAGCCAGGUACAACCCAUAUUUACAGACAAGACACAGGGUGGAACAGUUAAAGCAGCUGGGUCACAGUGUUGAUAAGGUGGAAUUUAUUGUGAUGGGUGGAACAUUUAUGAGUCUGGCAGAUGAAUACAGGGACUACUUUAUUAGGAACUUACAUGAUGCAUUGUCAGGACACACCAGUAGUGGUGUGGAUGAAGCAGUCAAAUAUUCAGAAAAAAGUAUGACAAAAUGUAUUGGAAUUACAAUAGAAACACGUCCAGAUUACUGUCUCCGUAAGCACAUCAGUGAUAUGCUUCGGUACGGCUGCACUAGACUGGAGAUAGGAGUUCAGAGUGUUUAUGAAGAUGUGGCUCGGGACACAAACAGAGGGCAUACAGUAAAGGCAGUAACAGAGUCUUUCCAGAUGGCCAAGGAUGCUGGGUUUAAGGUGGUGGCUCACAUGAUGCCAGACCUCCCCAAUGUUGGCUGGGAGAGGGAUGUGGAACAGUUUAUUGAAUUUUUUGAAAAUCCAGCAUUUAGAGCAGAUGGUUUAAAGAUUUACCCAACUCUGGUCAUAAGAGGAACUGGGUUAUAUGAAUUAUGGAAGACUGGUCGGUACAAGAGUUAUCCCCCCAGUGGUCUCAUUGACUUGAUUGCCAGAAUUUUAGCGCUUGUCCCACCAUGGACCAGAGUUUACAGAGUUCAGAGAGAUAUCCCCAUGCCUUUAGUGAGCUCAGGAGUGGAACAUGGAAAUUUACGAGAAUUAGCUCUGGCCAGAAUGAAGGACCUGGGUACACAGUGUCGAGAUGUCAGAACAAGAGAAGUGGGGAUUCAGGAAAUUCACAACAAAGUCAAGCCUUACGAGGCCGAGUUAAUCAGAAGGGACUACUGUGCUAAUGGAGGUUGGGAGACGUUUUUGUCAUACGAAGACCCAGAACAGGACAUUUUGAUUGGUUUACUCAGGUUACGGAAGUGCUCACCCGACACCUUCCGGCCAGAGCUACGGUCAGGCUGCUCCAUCGUCAGGGAGCUCCACGUGUAUGGCAGUGUGGUGCCAGUCCAUGCUAGGGACCCCACCAAGUUCCAGCAUCAGGGCUUUGGUAUGCUGUUGAUGGAGGAAGCAGAGAGGAUAGCUAGAGAGGAACAUGGGUCCUCUAAAAUAGCCGUUAUAUCAGGUGUUGGCACAAGAAAUUACUAUAGGAAAAUUGGAUAUGAGCUAGAUGGGCCUUACAUGUCAAAGUCGCUUGUUUAAAUAAACUGUGGCAUUUUUAAAGAAACUGUGCAAUAUUUAAUCACACUAACAACAUCAUAAAAUGGAUUUUGACAUCCAUGUAUGAAGAGGAAAAUGAUAAAGAGAAAGUUAAAAUCACUUCUUUUUCUGGCCCUGCCAAUGUCGGUCAAUUUCAUCAGUGCAUUACCGGUAGUAUAUGUACCUAGUUACUGCACAUAUACAAGGAAUUGGAACUCAAAUCAAGAACUCACGUGGACUAUCCAAAAAUUAACAGAAUCCUUCACAAGCAUCAUAAGAAUAAAACAUCAAUUUAUGAUACUGCAGUAAAACCGAAAAACAUGUAUGUAUGAUUUAGCUGAUGAGUCCCUCUGCAUGGGAUGCCAGUUUGUCAAAAAACUCUCAUCAGUGAAAACAGGCACUCAUUAAAUUUAAGCUGGGUCGGAUACAAUAAACAUGCACCUUUGUAUCAUCAGGACACAAAAUCAA